UCUGCGUCCAAAGGGAAGCCAUGACAGUUCUUUGAAGAUAGAGGCGCGGCGCGGUUUCUGCUGAAGCAUUUCUAACUGCCGGAUUCUUUAAAUUCACAAUAAGACUUCAUUCUUGUAUCACGGCCUGAAUACUCGUUUGCGAAUAUAAUAUCGGCCCCUUUCUUUUUUGGAUACAGUAAUUGAUCUGUCUUUUCCUUUUGGAGAAGAUAAUUUAUUCGACGAUGGGAACACAUUGUGUUGUGCAGGCAGCAAGGUAUGUUCUGGUUUUCUUUGUAUACUCGGCGACGUGGAGAAUCGCCUUCUCAGUGACUCGCUACUCUGUUCCAGAAGAAAUGGAGGUUGGGUCCGUUGUUGCUAAUUUAGCUGGUGAUUUAGGACUUAGCGCUGGCACUCUGGUUGAACGUGAGCUAAAAUUAGAUAUUUUGCAUAAUAAACAGUAUUUUGCCGUUAACAAAGAAACGGGAGAGUUGUAUGUUUUAGAGAAGAUAGACAGAGAAUACUUAUGUACGAUGAAGACGUCCUCUUGUUUGCUUAAAAUGGAAGUGACCAUUAAAAACCCGAUAAGGAUAUUUAAUAUCGAAUUAGAAAUAUUAGAUAUCAAUGACCAUGCACCUAGUUUUCGAAGAGAAACAAUUCACCUAGAUAUAUCAGAGUCGGCUUUAUCCGGAGAAAGAUUCUCUUUAAAUAACGCCGUAGAUCCUGAUGUCGGUACGAAUUCUAUUAAGACUUACACUUUGAGUGAGAGCGACCAUUUCAGUAUCCAAAUUCAGAGGGGAAGCGACGGAACUCAGUAUGUUGACUUGGUUUUGCGAAAAGCUUUAGAUCGAGAACAGCAGACUGUACAUAAUCUAAUACUCACGGCUGUGGACGGCGGAGUCCCUGCGCGAUCCGGCACCGCCAGCAUCAUUGUGCGCGUUUUGGAUACGAAUGACAACGCCCCUCAGUUUGAUCACCAGGUUUAUGCUGUUAAUAUGACGGAAAAUUCCCCGAUAGGAUCACUAGUAUUGAAAUUAAAUGCGUCAGAUUUGGACGAGGGUUCAAACGCAGAAAUUGUGUAUUCUUUCACACUUUACACGUCUGAGAAAACGCAGGCUAUGUUUUCCUUAAAUCAGGAUACAGGAGAAAUUAAAGUUAAAGACGUGGUUGAUUUUGAGGAAAUAAAAAUCCUGGAGAUGCAUAUUCAGGCAAAGGACAAAGGACAUCAUCCACUGUCCGGCCAGUGCUCAGUGAUGGUAUACGUGGAAGAUGUGAAUGAUAACUACCCCGAGAUCACGGUUAAAUCCAUUAGGAGCAAAGUGAAGGAGUCCGUUCCUGUAGGCACAGUAAUAGCCCUCGUUGGAAUUAGUGACAGAGACUCGGGGGCCAAUGGGAAGGUCGACCUCGCUAUUAGCGAGCAGUUGCCCUUUAUACUGAACAAAUCGUCAGAGCGAGAUUUCGAACUGGUAGUUUCAGAAUCGUUGGACCGCGAGACAGUUCCGGAGUAUAACAUAAUUUUAACAGUGACGGACAGAGGGACGCCUCCUCUGUCAGACAAUGAAACCAUCACGUUGGAACUUCUGGAUGUUAAUGACAACGCGCCACAGUUUCCUAAGUCGUUCUACACCAUCCUGGUGAUGGAGAACAAUGCACCUGGAUCACUUUUGAGUUCAGUCACUGCGUUUGAUCCAGAUUAUAAUGAAAACCAGUAUUUAGUUUAUUUCAUCAUAGAAAAGGAAAUCGUGAACACUUCAAUGUCGAUGCUUUUUUCCAUUAAUCCUGAAAACGGCGAUCUUUACGCAUUAAAGACUUUUGAUUUCGAGAGAGAGAAAGAGUUCCUUUUCCACGUUGAAGCCAGAGAUUCGGGUGUCCCUCCACUCAGCACUAAUGUCACAGUCCACAUAAUUAUCCAGGAUCAGAAUGACAACACCCCACUCAUAGUCUCUCCAUGGCGGGCGCACGGAUCUGUGGUUGAGGAAGUGAUCCCAAGAUCCACUGACAAAGGACACCUGAUUGCUAAAGUGAUCGCCAUUGACUCAGACUCUGUGCAGAACUCCCGGGUCACUUACCAAUUUCUACAGGUCCCAGACGCGACUUUAUUCAGUCUGGACCAGUACAACGGAGAAAUUCGGACAAUGAGAAUGUUCAGUUACAGAGAUCCCCGUCAUCAACGGCUGGUCGUCAUUGCCAAGGACAAUGGAGAUCCGUCUCUCUCUGCUACAGUUACCAUUAAGUUAUCUACUUUGGAGCAUGUCGUUAAAGCCUUUUCUGAAACGUCUGAAAUUCCUUUGGAAUAUGAUAUCUUUUCAGACUUAAAUCUCUAUUUGUUAAUCGGUUUGGGCUCUGUGUCAUUUUUGCUGUUGAUGACAAUAUUGGUGACCAUCGUUUUGAAGUGCCAGAAACCGAAGCCCACCAAGGCGACCCCUCCCUGCAGGAACAGCGUCGUUAGCCAGAGGAGCUCUACUGUAGCAGAUUCCACCCUGGUGUCCAACGAUGCGUACUGGUACAGCUUGUUUUUAGCGGAGACGAGGAAGGGAAAGGUGGUGGUUAGACAGCCUAUACCGAAGAGUGGUGGGUACAUCGUUUCAAGUAUUCCCAGGAGCACUGGCCUUACUGAAACUAGCGAGUCAGCAGCGUCAACUCUACAGGUAAGAUACCACUUAGUUUAAUUUAAUUUGUCAGUA